GCUCCCUGCUCAUUGUUAACCAGUCCGCAGUGUGAAUAGGACGUUGCAGAGAAAGUCACUCAUCUCUCUGUGGUUGAUCUGAAAGAACAAGCGGGGCUGAAAAGGGCAGGAUAAGAACACGAGUGGUCUCGUCCCUGCUGGUCGGGGUACGAGUUGGGAGCUGGUCUCCCCAAAUCAUACACUGCUGCAAGACUGCAUCGGUGACAUCAUCUCUGCAAGAAAAUCAUACUCAGGGGAUGAGCAAAAUGCAGGUGGGGGAAGGACACAGGAGGCGCGAAGUGGUCGCAAGGGACGCGGCGGAGGGAUACGUGAAGGAGUACACACGCCAUUCCAGCGACGUCCUGCUGAACCUGAACGAGCUCAGGCACAGGGACGUCCUGACCGAUGCCACCCUGAUGGUGGGCAGUACUCGCUUGCGGGCUCAUUGUGCUGUGCUGGUCGCCUGCAGCGGUUACUUCUACACCCUGGUGGUGCAGAAGGGUCAGAGCCUGGCUCCUGGAGAACGAGGCUCGUCCUUCUCUCUGCCCGACGGUCUGGAUGCGUCCAGUGUGUCCAUGUUGUUAGACUUCAUGUAUACGUCCCGCCUGGCCCUCAGCCCCAGCUCUGUGCACGGGGUCCUCGCUGCAGCCACCUACCUGCAGAUGGAGCAUGUGGCCGACACAUGCCGCGCCUUCAUGCUCAACAGUGAGAGGGUCCCUGCUCCACCCUCGUUUGAAGUGUCCUGUCUGCCCAGUGCGUUGUACAGGGCGCCCCCUGGUGGGGUGCUCACUAAGUACAGCAGCCACAGCAGCGCUCAUCCGCUCACCCCUCUCGACAUGGUCUCCACCACAGCCAAGGAGGCAGAAAGCCUCGACAUGGCCAGACUCCCUAAGGAGCAGCGUGCUCCAGUGGAGCUGGGAUCUCGGCCGAGCCCGGAGCCCAGAUCUCAGAGCCUGAAGAUGGAGGAGUCUGACCCUGUGGCUCCCUCUCCAGACAGUCCCUCCUGCUCCAACGGACAGCCCAACUCACCAGCAUCCAGCAGCUGCAACCUAAGCCCCAAAUCCAGGAGAGCCGUUGAGGCCAAAACAACACCAGACCCCAAAGCCUGCAAUUGGAAGAAGUACAAGUACAUUGUCCUCAACCCGUUCUGUGCCUCAAACAUCAAGGAGGAGCAAGAGUUGGGCCAACCAAAUGAGAGCCUCUUCCCCAACACAGCAGUCAGGCCCAGCACCUCCCCCAAGGACACCGCUGACAAGUGGCCAAGAGCCGUCGACGAGAUGAUGGACAGGCAGGGGGCGGUGUCCCUGUGCUGUGUGCCCCAGCUUGCCCCCUCCACCCUGCCCACCCCCGGGUUCCUGCCCUGCCCCAUGGAGCCCCAUCUGGAGAACCAGACCAUCCUGCCUCAGAGCAGCUCAGUGUCCCGCUCACCUUAUCGCUACUGUAUGUCUGAACCUGAAGCAACCAGUUCAAAUGGCCCGUCUCCCCACAAAGACCCAAUCAAACAUGAGAGCCACUACUCCCUCAUGUCUUACCCAGGAAACCUGAGUGUUGCUAAACCUUCAUCUGCAGGAGAAAAGCCAUAUCGCUGCAACGUGUGUGGGGCCCAGUUCAACCGGCCGGCCAACCUGAAGACUCACGCCAGGAUACACUCUGGAGAGAAGCCCUACCACUGUGACACCUGUGGAGCCCGAUUUGUCCAGGUGGCUCACCUGCGGGCCCAUGUCCUGAUCCACACUGGAGAGAAGCCGUAUCCCUGCCACACCUGUGGCACCCGCUUCAGGCACCUGCAGACACUCAAGAGCCACCUGCGCAUACACACUGGAGAGAAACCUUACAGCUGUGAGAAGUGUGACCUGCACUUCCGGCACAAGAGCCAGCUGCGUCUUCACCUCAGGCAGAAGCACGGCGCCAUCACCAACACCAAGAUUCGCUACAAGGUGCUCGGCGACCCCUAUCACCCCACCAUGCUCCAGGCCUGCUAGACUGGAACUGGAACAGGAAACACUCAAAAAGGCAGAUGCUACUACACACCUGUCGAAACCGGAUCUCUACCACCUGCAGUUCAAGUUCAAGGCUGCGUUUCCCAAAAAAAGAAACAUGUAACCUGUUAAGACUCAGCAUUAUGAAUGUGCUGUUAACAGAAUGACAAUGACCAAAUCUUAGUGCAUUACUAAAGGCCCUGUGGUAUGACUUAGUAGUGUAAUACUAUGGUAGUUAACUUUCCAAUGACUAUUACAGGGUUCCACUGGUGGAAUGGUAUGCAUUAUGGGGCGACGUCAUACUUUCUACAGUAGUACUGAAGUAUGAGGUGCCCCCCAGGCAAUGUCUCUCAUCACUAAAAGUUUAUACAUACAAUAAUUUUAUGUACAGUACAGCAUACUGUAUUUUUUUCUUGCAGAUGCAAAGAAAAUGCUUGCGCAAAGUGCACGUGCGAGGUAAAAUUGUGUGUUUAGAAACUUUUAGUGAUCUGAUACAUUGCUAAAUGGGCACCUUACACUGAACUACUGCUUGGUCUUAAGUACUACUUGAGUUUUUGGGAAACGCAGCCCUGUUCAGUUCAUGUGCAUGCAGACAAACUAGUUUGUGCUUAAUUGGCACAGACACUGAAAGCAAGUAAAGCAAAGUAAAGAAUCUGUUCUCCUUAGGAUGUGUCACUACAAACAUGCACAGAACUGGGGAGGUACUGUAGAUGGCUAAGCAUGCCACAACAGCCAAACAAAAAAGGCAGUAAAAACAUUACGAGCAUAGAUGUCAUCAUUGAAAAGAAAGAAAGCAUCUGUUAUUGGGCUUAGAGGAUGCCACUAUCUAUGCAUGCCUUGUUCCUUACUUGAGUGCUACUUGAGUGCUUGAGUGCAUACCAUAAAUGCUUUAGGUUCAAGGCUUGUAUUUAAGGCAUGGGUGCUUUUUUUUAAAAUAAGGAAUGGGCUUUAGUACUAUUCGACCUCAUGAUGACAGUCGUCUACUUUGACCAUAGAGGUAGAUUUAAAUUAAUUUAUUUUUUUCUAUUCAGUAUAUUUUAUUUAACUUAUUCUAUGGGGCGUAGGAAGGUGGGCUGACAAGCUGAAGAUGCCAGUAAGCUGUGAGGAGUAAGCCUGUGCCGGAUAAAAGUGUUAUCCUGAAAAGGGUAUCCUGACCUACAAAGCCAAAGUGCAGUAACUACGCCAACUUUUACAUAAAUAAAUUAUAUAAAUUUGACAUAGCAAUGUUUCUAAAACAAGACACAAGGUGUAAUGAAGAUCAGUUCAGUCUAAACUCUUUUUUUUUUAAGAAAAAAAAAUCGUUAUUGACCUUUGCCUUUGUAGGGCAAUAUACUAUAAUGGUGUUGAGUCAAGUGAAAAUAAAGAUGGUCUGAGGAUGGGAUGUGAGGAGAAAAAAAGGGAUUUGAAAGUGAACAUGUGUUGGUGAGUGAGGAAGGAAAUGUGUGAUGGUCUGCUUGUAAUGACAUCAUUAUGGGCAGAAACGUGCUUGGAUAUAAGGAAGGUAGAGUAUGUUGAUGAAAAAGUUAAGGAAGUGUUAUGGUUGAUUUUUGUUUAUUAAGGUUUAAUAUUUAUAUGUUCACUUACCAUUCCAUCAGAACAAAGAGAUGUGUUGCUAGGGAGCAACAAAUCUCUCUGCUCUCGCUAUUUCUGACCUUAGGAGAACUAGGUGAACAUUUCCUAACUCUCUAUGUUUCUCAUGCAGUUGUUUGAAGGGUGUUCAAAGGUUACUGGGUUAACCACCACAUGUAUUUUUGAAGGCAGUUCGAUGAAUAUCUAACUUUGUAAAUGUCAUGGGUGCUUACUGGUGUUGUACUGGCCUGGAGCCAUGGAAUCCAGCGUAGUGGUGCUCGUCACCUAUAGUGAGAUACUGUUUCUAUUCCCAUCAUUAUUAUUUAAGUACAACUUUGGUAUAUUAAAAACACACUGGUAUAAUUGUAAUAUUUUUUUGAAGAUGAAAUGUCCAAGCAGGCAGUGGACUGUGUUAACCAAACAAAAUGACCUGCAAAGGUUUGUGUUGUGUUAUUUCGAAUGACUGGUAUAUAGAGUUCUUUUGCUGGACAAAGACAAGACGUUUUUUUUUUACAUGAAAACAAAUAAAUACAUUUGUAUU